AUGUCGACAGCCCCUGACCCCAAGAUCCAAGAUCUGCUCAACAAGCCCAAGGCCGAGCUCACGGAGUACGAAGUCGCUCUGGUCGAGGAACAUGAGCUCACCGCCGGCCCGCUUUCCCUCCUGCAGACCGCCACCCGCACGCACACCCAGGUCCUGAUCUCCUGCCGCAACAACCGCAAGCUACUGGCCCGCGUCAAGGCCUUUGACCGACACUGCAACAUGGUGCUGGAGAAUGUCAAGGAGAUGUGGACUGAGAAGCCCAAGGGCAGUAAGGGGAAGGGUGUGAACAAGGAUCGUUUCGUGAGCAAGAUGUACGUUGCAUCCCCUCCCCCCCCGGACUUGCGAUCUGAUCGAGGCUAA